AUAGGAAGCACUGUUUAUUAUGUCUCUCCGUAAAGCGUCAGGAACUUCGCUGAACUCUCCAUCAGCAUCUGAGGCCAAACAAUCAAAACUCUCUGUCUUCAAGGAGGAGACAAAAGGACUUCCUGAGCUAAAGGAAAAAAAAGCCAUGGUGGACCAUCUCAAACCUCUUCCUGCUUCUCUUCCAAAUGAAUUCAUCCCCCAGGAAGUUCUUCUGUCUCUGAACUAUGCAGCCAAUGCUGGUCCAUGUCCUGAAAACUUACUGCCUACUAAGAAACUUAGAGCCCCAAAGGGUGCCCUUCCUCGCCUUGUAGACCACGUCUGGCAGCACCCUGUUCGAAGGAAUAAAUUCAAAUAUCUGAUUGAUCAUCCUGUCUCCCUAACAGGAGCUGGAAGGGAUAUUUCUUUCCUGUAUGAUGUUAAAUAUGUGAAAGGAGAGGCCAAGGAGAAGAAACUUUGUACCCCAGGUACAAAGUCAUCAGAGCCACAGCAUAGUGCCAUGGUGCCUCAUAAUCAGAAGACAUUAGCAGACACUUUGAUUCCUGAAGAAUUUCAUAUUGUGUCAAAUACAGGAGUUUCAGGUUUGGAGUGUUAUGACGACAAAUACACCACCCUCCUCACAGACAGUGAGAACAGGCUGUUGCUCUUCCCAUCCAUGAAACCUAAUAAAAGAGUAGAAGUGAUCCAGCUGGGUGAUGUGAUGGACACCAUGCUGGAGAGGGCUGGAAUAGAAAAUGAAGCGUAUACAGGGCCAACCAAGAUGCAUCAACUACUACAUGUAUUGAAAAAGGAACAGACUAUUUACAACACAGUAUUUCAUGAACUGAUUCGACAAGUCAGUGUGGAUUGUGUAGAUAGAGGAGAGCUACUGUCAAGAAUCAGAGAGAGAUAUGUGCAAAUGCUUGACCAAAUUGCCCGGCAGAUGAUUGAAUUCUACAAAGACUUGGUAACUCAGCGGGUGAUGGACCAGCGCAUCUUAGAAGAACUGUACAACUUCAAGAAUGUGAUUGAGGAGUUGACCAGGGAACUUUGUCUGGUUCGGGCCCAUGACAGCAAAUUAACAAAGGAGGCAGAGAAAGCCCAAAAGGAUCUGGCAGAAGCUCUUUUGGAAGCAGAAAAGAAUGCAAAAAUAGUAGAAGACUACCAUGACUUAUAUACAUUACAGAGAGGAAGGAUGGAGAAUGAUAUUAAACUACUAAUGACAGAAAGGGACAUUUGGAGCUCAGCCACAUAUGAAUUGGCCCUAAAGGUGAUUGAAAGAAAUAGAGUCAUAAUGGCUAAAAAACUCUACCUCAGUGAAAAAGGCUGGAAUAAAUAUGCCAAACAUUUCAUUAUAAUGCUGUCAACUAAGGACACUGCAGACCUCCAAGUGCUACAGAAUUUGACAGAGAAAUGGAAAACGUUAGUGAACCGAUUUAAGCAGGAAGUGGAACAAACAGAGGAAUCAACAAAGAACAGAUCACAAACUGUGAAGGAAGGCAUUCUCAAAUGGCAGCAAUUCUUCACAAAUAACAUUGGAAAAGAGAUUGUAAGCCCUAGUAGGGGGAACCCACUCACUGCAAUCCUUAUCGACUUCAAGGAGUUUCAAAAGUUGCUGAGUGAUGAGAAAGAAAAGUUUACAGGGGAUUUUUUGUUGGCCAAAUAUGACUCCCUCAAGAUCAUUAAACGCUUGCAGGAGAACUGGACAGACAUUGGGUUUGGGAUAUUUUGUCGUCAUAAGAACAUGGACGGGGAGUUGCCCCCAGAGCAUGAGUACAUGGAAGAAAUGAUAAAAACCAUAGGCAGGCUCUACAGAGAGUAUGAGAUAAGAAUAAAUGGUGACAACGGUAUCUCCAAAGUUCUUCCAAAUUUGAUUAUUUCUCUGGACUUGUGUUCUUACAAGAUAGAAAACAUCCUAGAGUUUUCUAGUAUGCCCCAAGAAGAGUGGGUUGAAAUAGAUGAAAAAAUCAGUGAAAUGAAGUACCAGUUGGACACAUUGUUGAACAUUAUUGGUACUGUUCCACAAUACAUGGACAUGGAUUCUGGCGCGACACUCCAAGGACAUAUAUUUGACAUGAUCCAACAAUGGCUUUUGAAGAUAGGCAAUGAAAUCACCAAUGGUAACAUUGAGCUUCUUCGACAUCUGGAUGAAUUGCAUAUAGCUAUGAUCCAGUGGAUGGUAAAUUUGUUGACCAUAAUGCUUCCUGACUUUACUGACCAAGAGACUCUCCCAAGGCUGGAGGAGGAAGAAUUAGAGACCAGUGAGGAGCAUGAAGUAGGAGUCGCAGAAUUAGAGUUAAAUGCAAUUUCACUGGCCAAGCGGUUGGCACGCUACACCAGCUACUUGUACAGUUGCUGCAUAGGCAUGGUAAGAGCAAUGACUCUGACUAGAGCUGCUCACCUUCAGAAGAAUCCUGCUAAGGACCUUCAGGAGCUGGAAAAGAUGAGGAGAGAAUGUUAUGAUUGGAUCAGCACAUGUUCGUACCUCCUUUCUGAUAUCAAAGGCAGGAAAAUACAAUUGCUAACAUAUGAGGACGCAGAGCAGCUGCUUGGGGAAGAGGAAGCUUCAAAAAUUUAUCUUGACCCAGAAAAACCAUUUAUUGGUGAUGAUAACGAUGACGAAAUUGAGAGUAAGGCGACUGAAGCUCAAGAAAAGAAAGAAGUAGCAGUAGAAGAACCUUCAACAUCUAUAGGCAGUGAACAAACCCUACGAUACAUCGGAAAAGAUGAAAAUAUCCAUUGUAGACCUCUGUUUGAAGAAGAUAUAUUUUCAUCCUGGAGAGAACCAGCUAGAAAAGGUGUAUUGGAGCCCAAGUACGUUGAAAUAAUGACUGUAAUUGAAUAUAUGCAGGACAAGCUUAUAGAUAUUGACACCAGGGCCAGACAGGCAGAGGAGAAGUAUGACAAGGCAAAUGAGACGCUUCAUCACACCCUCAUAAGAAACAGAGAUCUGGAGAAGGAAUUAGAAGAAAUGGCCAAGAAAGUCAGAAAGGAUUCCCGUGUAAGAAUAGAAAAGCCCAAGGAGGAAGAUGAGGAGGAAGACGAGGAAGAAUCUGAACAAAAAGAGGGGAGCCCAGAAGGGGAGGAACAAAAACAUGGGAAGAAAUCCUCAAAGCGUGCAAAGAAAGAAUUACAGUCCAAGGAUGACUCUAAGUCUGGAUCCCGGGCUAAAUCUAAGUCCAAACCCAAAUAG